AAUGAGUAUGUGUUGAUGAAACACGCAGCUCAGCCAAAAAACAUUGAACUUUGAGCUUAUCAGAGCCGGUCCGUCGUUUCGCACAAACAGAACAGUUCUAAAAAAUGGCCUCCCGAGCACUAAAGUACUACUACGACCUGCUGUCCCAGCCGUCCCGCGCCCUCUACAUCCUGCUGGAGCAGAGCAAGAUACCGUACGAAAGGUGUCCAGUUGCGCUUCGAAAGUUGGAAAACCGCACCACCGAGUUCAAGGAGACCAUCAACCGGUUCGGCAAGGUCCCGUGCAUCGUGCACGGGGACUUCAAGCUGGCGGAGAAUGUGGCCAUUCUGCGAUAUUUGUCGCGGGAGUGUCCCGAUCUGCCGGACUUUUGGUAUCCGCGGGAAAAUCUGGCUCGGGCCAGGGUUGACGAAUAUUUAGAGUGGCAGCACACGACGAUUCGGGCCCAGUGCGCGCAGUACUUUCUGUACGUUUGGAUGACGCCGCUUCUGGGGAUGGAGCUGGACCCGGCGAAGGUCGAGCGGCUGCGGAAGAACAUGGCCGACGGGUUGGACCUGUUUCAGCGGGUGUGGUUGGAGGACGGGAAGAAGGCGUUUGUGGCCGGGGAGAGCUUGAGCUACGCGGACGUGCUGGCAGCUUGCGAGAUCGAACAGCCCAAGUGUGCGGGGUACGAUCCGAGGGAGGGGCGGCCACAGUUGGCCGCGUGGAUGGAACGGGUGCGGCAGGGAACGAACCCGUACUAUGACGAGGCGCACAAGAUUUUGUACAAGUUUACGCCGAAGGAAAUUGCGACGCCGACGGUAAAGUGAGCUCAACGGUAGUUUGACGUUUGCUGUGCAAUGUAGCCAAACAAUGCCUGUAUUUUAGAUAAGUUCAAUAAAUAUUUUUUAGACUGGUUUUCAAA